UCAGCAUCGAGAAACGAGAGACAGCUUCAUCGCUUGCUUGGUUGGAGGUCUCAAGACGACAUCAUGGAACGGACAAGGACGCUGGACCUCCAUGACUUGAUCGCCACGACAAAGCUGACCGCGGAGACACAGCAGAGAAUCAAAGCCAUCGUGACCAAUGCAUGCAGAAAAGAAGUUCUGUAAGACUCAUGCUUUGAUCUGUGUGUACAAGUGCAAGGACACCCGUGUCUUGGCAACGGACAGAGAGCGUGUUAAUCGGUCUAUCGGUUCAUGUGUGUCAGUGUUGUCAUUCUCUUGUAGUUGAGGUUCACGAUGGGAUGUGGUGACCAACCGCGCUACAUGCUUGACUGAACUGUGUGCAUUUGUGCAAAGCAUGGCAAUGUUUGCCUGCGCCUGCGAGCUACCUUUGUGCGUGUCUGUGUGUGUGCACGCAUGUGCGUGUGUAUGCGUGUGCGUGUCUGAGUACCACGAUUACCAUGCAUGACCAUCUUCUUUCAAGCAUGAGAGGUUGUGACAUGUUCUUCUUGAGCAUGAAGCGCCAAUUCUGACUCCAUGUGCUCAUGUGCUAGCUUGCCAGCAAUUGGUCUUGACGACGACGAAAUUCGCAUGUUGGUGGAGGCACUGAAAGGAAACACGUGUAUGAAACGGCUGGACUUGGGCAACAACCUAAUUGCAGCUCCUGGUGCCAUUGCCUUGGCUGCUGUCCUCAAAACCAAUCCGACGAUUGUGGAGUUUUCGCUAUUCGGCAACCGCGUGCGUUCCGACGCUGCCGAUGGGUUAGCCACUUUGUUGAAACACAAUACAACCCUUCGACUACUUCAUUUGGGUGACAAUGCAAUCGGCGAUGCUGGUGCUGUCAAGCUGGCCAAGGCGUUACAGGAGGGCAACAACACACUCCGGGAACUUGUGCUCUUUAACAACCGGUUGGGCGACCAGGCAGCCAUCUCCCUGGCCAAGAUGCUGGAGCACAACAGCGCUCUGACGCAGCUCAAUUUGCAACACAAUUCGAUCACAGCGGAAGGCGGCAAGGCUUUGGGUCGAGUAUUGGAUUCAAAUCGAGCCCUCAAACGUCUUGAUUUGAAGAACAAUUCUCUCGCCUGUGCCCGUGGCUUCGGUGAUACCUUGCCUCUGGAUCGCGAACUCGAAACAGAUUGGUCUACCGAUGAUGAAGGCAUGUCUGCAUUUAAUGCAGCCCAGAGGAAGAAGCGCGAACACCAAUUGCUGGCAGAUAACAAGCAAGUUGCCGUGGAGCACACCACUUCCGAUGCUGUCAUGAUCGUUCCUCACCAAGAAACCAGCCGUUGCGAUCCUUUGAAUAGCAUGCCACUAUGGAAUGCGCAUGUCAAUGGCAAGCAAGGCAUCGACGAGCUCAAGAGGAUAAUGAAUCGGCUUGCAGCUCACUCAGACACGCAAAUGGCGGGGCGCGCAAAGCUGAUGCUGGUUGGCGAGGGGCGUGCUGGCAAGACCACCACCCUUCGCUCACUCAUGGGCAAGGAGUUCAACAUGCAAGAGCACUCCACGCUGGGCGCCGACAGCAUGGACCUGUCUGUCAUUGUCGAGUCCAUGGACGUCUGCAACUGGCAGCACCUUACGAGCGGCCUGAGCGAGUACAUGCGCACGCUAUUGGGCACGGCGCUGGCAAGGGCAACUAAGAUGGACGCAGCGAUGAAGGAGGCAGUGACAGCGGCGAUGAAGGAGCAUCAACGACGAAUUGAGGAGCAACAUCAGCUGGUGGAGGAUGGCGAUGAUGAUGAUGAUGACAGACAAGCAUCCAUGUCAACGGAGACACAGCCAACAUCAGUCUCCACGCAAUAUGAUGCGUACAACUCCUCCUCAUCGUCAUCACCCAAACUGCCCAAGCAGUCUCAGCAACACCAGCAGAGCGCAUCAGCUGCAAUUUCAGCCAGCAUGUCUCGCCCCAGUGUCUCAACUGAGGAUAUCGAGAAGGCGAUCAAGGAGUUCAACGUGGACGCCGUCAUGGGCGAGGGUAAAGCCAGGGUGACAUUCAAGGUGUUUGACCUUGGCGGGCAGUCCACCUUCUACAUCUUCCACCCUUUCUUCCUCACAGAGUACGCGGUGUACCUGCUGGUCUUCUCGAUGGAGGACCUGCUGUACCAAGACGAGAGCAAGCGGGCUGAGACGUGGGAGUUUAUGGAGCACUGGCUGUCCUCCCUCCACCUCCACGCCAAGGGCGCACCCGUCCUCAUCGUCGGCACCUUCGCUGACAAGAUCAGCGAGCGGAAGCAGCACGAAGUCAUUUCAUGCGGCAUAUACAGCCGCCUGCGCCACAACCCCGCUUUCCCUGGCGUCGUCCACAACGACAAGCAUGGUCUGUGGUUCUGGCCCGUUGACAACACCAAGUCCAUCAAUGACCCCAUGAUCCAGGACCUGCGCCAGACCAUCUCCUCCACAGCACUGGCGCAGGAGUACGUGAGCCAGGAGGUGGCUGUGCCCUACCUCCACCUCUACGACAAGCUCAACGCCAUUGCCCGCGACGAGAAGCGGCCGCUGCUCACGUUUGGCGAAGUGGCAGAGCUUGCCCGCACAUGUGGGCUGCGCACGCGUGACGAAACGAGGGCCUGCCUCCAGUUCCUGCACCUGUAUUCCAUGGUGCUGUACUAUGACAGCGUGCCUGGCAUGGAAGAUUAUGUGAUUCUGAGCCCACAGUGGGCUGUGGACAUGAUGACGCGCGUCAUCCGCAACUUUGACCUGCACCACGAUGUGCGUGACGGCGAGGCGAGGGCCGUUGGCGCACACCUGUGGGACGACCUGGUUGACCGCGGUAUCCUGCACCGCCGCCUGCUGGAUGUGCUGUGGAACGACGUGCACAGCAACUUGGUGGUGCCGUUCCUGCGCCUCAUGAUGCAGUACGGACUAUGUGUUGAGUACUCUCCACCCAAGCUGGUGGACAGCCGCAGAGCACUCACCCGCCCCAACUCUGGCCACCGUGACGGUGAUGAUGGCAGCGAGGGUGUUGACACGCGCGCGCGAGAGCAGCAGUACCUGGUCCCAGCCAUCCUGCCGAUGACCAUUCGCCACAGCAGCACGAUGGAAUCUGUCACUCUGAGCACGACAGCAGCACAACAGGCCAACCCGUAUUUUGGAUACGAGGUUAAGACAGCCUACGUCGCCUUCAGUUUGAAGCAGUUCAAGCGAAGUGCGAGUGUGUGUGUUGAUGAUGCACAGCACGCAUCGUUCCUGCCAGAGGGACUGUUUACCGUGGUGCUGGCGCAUGUGAUGGCGCACGCGCAGCAUGGAGCAUCGCAGGAGCCCAAGCUGAGCCGCACCCAUGCCAUCUGCUUCAUGGAAUCCACCAAGCUUGAACUGCAGCUUGUGCCGGCUGUUGGCGGCAUCAAGAUGAAGAUCACGAGUGCGCAGCCACGCGCUAUGUUGCAGACGGUGCACAUGCUGCACAAGGUGAUCAGCGAGGCUGCCAGAGAGCGCUAUCCUGAGCUGAAGAGCAGCCUGCUGCUGCCGUACGACGACAAGACGCUGCUGUUCUUUGAGGACGUGCUGCACCAUCACAAGAGCAAGCAGGGCAUGUGGGUGGACGAACAGCUCCUGUCACCUGAUGACCUGGUCAAAAAAUACGGCCCUCUCAUACCCGUUCUCGGUCUGCAGGACAAGUACGACGUCUUCAUCAGCUACCGGCAACGCGCCAGCAGUGGGCUGGUGAUGGCACUGCACCCGCGCUUGGAGCAGCGCAACCUGGUUGCAUUUCUGGACGCCAACAACCUGGAGACGGGCGUCAACUUCAAGCACGCGUUCAUGACGGCGAUUGGGCUGAGCCUGGUGGCCUGCCCAAUCGUCUCUGCUGCCACCAUCGCGCAGAUGAGGCAGCUGCAGCACAGCGACUACUGCGACAACGUGCUGCUGGAGUGGAUGGCGAUGCUGGCCAUGCGCGAGUUCAAGUUUGCCAACCACCACCUCAUUCGUCUCCAGCGCGUUGCUCCUGUGAUUGUGGACAGCGCGUGGCACGAUGUGGAAGUCAGCAGCAGCACGAGCAGGGCUGAGGCAAACGAGUAUGAUUCGUUUGACAGCAUGAAGCGGCUGGCGACGACGCUGCCGGAUGUCGUGAGCAAGAAGACGGCAGCAGCCCUGGACCAGUAUUUCACGCAGGUGCUGCGCCUGCCACGACCACAGCGGCACAAGACCGUGCGGGAAGUGGUGCUGUCGCUGUUUGACAUUGAGGGCGCUUGGCGAUGUUCGGCGCAGGCCAGCGGGCAGGGCACAACGGCGGUGACGUCAAUGGCACAGCACAUUCGUGAUGUCGUAGAUUCGCUCAAGGACAACGAGGAAUCGCUUGACCAUGGCCGAUGGAACUUCUCGCCGCAUCUGCUCGCCGAACUGGCGCCCAACACGCACCAACUCUCAAAACGUCGGUGGACCCACAUUGCUCCUCUCAACAUUCAUAGGCAUGCGAGCAUCAUCAACGACCUGGUUGCUGAGGCUGGCGGGCACGUUGCAGCGGCUAGUGAUGUGCUCAAGCAACUGGCGGCAGUCGCAAUUACGUGGAACCCGCAAUCUCUCAGCGCAUUCAUGAACACAAUUGAGGCAACGAGGGGCCGGUAUCGUGGAAACCUCACGGACCCACGGCACAAGUUUGCGCCGCGAUAUCUACAUGAUGUGCACCAAAAUGGCCGGGCCAUCGACGAAGAGGAGCGGGCAGUGCUUGCACGCGUGACAGCCAACACCUACUACAACGUACUGGAUCCAGGCUUGCUCGACCAGGAUCCACCCGUGCGGUUGCAGCGCGUGUUUCACGGCGUCAUGUCAUUCGAGGCCGUUGUCGGCAUUUUGGCUGGUGAUUUUGUCCAGCUCAAGAGCACAGAUGAUGGGUGGUACGGUGCAGGCAUCUACUUCACGCCGGACAUUGAAUACGCCUUGGCGUUCACCGAGGUAUGCCGCGGUCACAAUGUGCCCAAUGAUCUCAGUGUGUUGAACCUGAACCCAAACGCAUCGUAUCGCGUGGUCCUGGCAUGCGACGUUGUGUACGGGAACCCGUACCCUGUGCUGAAUGGCAAAUGCAAAGGACAACCGCUGAAGAUUGGCCACGACGCCCACGUGGCCGUGGUGGACUUCAGCUCCGGUGACUUUCGGAAAGCCGGGCCGUUUGCCUCGCACCGGCUGUGGCGCAUUGCGUCGAAACCGCCCGUCGCGGAGAUUGUCGUCGCCAACGGGGUCUCCUCCCGGGUGAGGGCCGUGCUCGUGUUUGAGGCCAGCGCGUCCGGAAGCGCAACCCAAGACAGAGGAGCCCCUGCAUCUUCUUCGUCUUCGUCUUCUUCAGCAGCAUCACCGCCAUCAACACGAGCUGCGGAAGUAGAGGUGUUGUAUGUUCGAAGGGCUGAAGCACAAGCUUUGAACAUCAACACAGAUGAUGAUGACGCGGAUGAUGACGAUGACGACGACGACAGUGGCCAAUCCUCGGCUCGAUCGUCGCCUCAUCCAGAGCCACAACAAUCAGGGACACAGGGAAACUCCAACGAGGCACGGCCGCCCUCCGGCGAGACUACCAUGUCCUCCUCUUCAACAGCGAGCCAGGAGUUGCCAGCGUUGCCCGCGGCAUCAUCUUCUUCAUCUUCUUCGCAUGUGUCAGCGCAGCCCUCAUCUUCGACGGCAGCCAUGACAGGAGAGAUGCUGCACUGUGACCUGGGCCCAGGCUCUGUGCACUUUGUGUCAUCAGUCGUUCAGGCAGUCGAGACUGAUGACGACGAUGACGACGAUGCUGACGGGUGUUGACGACGUAGUUGCCUCUGAGGAGCAUCGUCUCACUCGCACGCGCAGCCCUUUCUAAUGCUGUCGUGUGGGAGCUCAGUGUUUCUCUGUUUCUGCUUCAUAGCAGCGUAGGAGUGUUCAUUCCCACAUUGCCAACUAGGUUUCCACAGGUUUCAGCACUGAGAGUGCGCCGCGCUCACUUUCGAUAAACGACACCAUAAAUCGCA